AUGCCCGUUGUCGUCGAUGCAGCCAAUGAUUUACCUACCCCUGCUCCAAAACGCCAGAAAUUGAGCUCAUCGGUAUCGAAGACUCCCAUCCGCGAGCGAGAGUCGUCUUCCUCCAAUAUCAGACAAGACCAAGAACGAGAACAAGCAAGAGCGGGCGAUCGAGUGGCUCUCAAAACAAUAAGGAACCUUCCAAGUGCGGUGGGCUCGUCAGAACAAGCCUCGGGGGAUGCUGUGAUCUACUAUUCAGUCCUUUGGCGUAUUCCAACGAACAAAAAGAACAAAACUUGGACGGAUGAUGGAGUUUUGGCUGUUGAUCAAGGUUAUGGAAGCCUCUACAACAAUACUGGACGAGCCAUUGGCCGGGCUGCGCUUCCCGCAGUUGUCACACCAGGACUCAACCUCUCCAUUGGUGGCAAAGAGGUCGAGAUCGAGUCUCAGAUCACGAAGCUUGAUUACCUUGCUGUUGUCAAUCCCAAAACCAAUUCUGAUAAGCCGAAGGACAAACGUAUGUCUCAAUGCACUCCCGCACAACCGAUUCCGCCAAAACCAACCCUGAAAGACCAAAUGAGAAUGCAAAUACGCAAAGACAAGGAAUUCAGCGCUACACAGAAUUUCCGCUACACGUCGCAGACUGCAGCAUUCAAACAGCCUCUCAAGGAGACAACCACAAUGCCUCAAGGGCCAUCCGAAGCACCCACGCCGCGACAUGAUCCUUCAACAGCUGGUGCUAUAGUCUUUAAACGUCCGAAGACUGUCCCGCCUGGUAGACAGAUCGUAGACGUCGUUCUUGACCCUCUUCUGGGUAAGAGAUUACUACCCCACCAGCCAGCGGCUAUCACGUUUCUUUACGAAUGUGUUAUGGGCCUACGAGACUUUGACGGUCAGGGCUGCAUUCUUGCAGAUGCUAUGGGUUUGGGAAAGACCCUAACGACGAUAUCUCUGCUCUGGACAUUGCUACGGCAAAACCCUAUCUACAGAGCCCCUCCGGUAGUGAGAAAAGCACUGAUCGUCUGUCCAGUAUCUCUCAUCCGUAACUGGAAAAGAGAGUUUAAGAAAUGGCUUGGCCCUGAUAGACUAGGCGUCCUUGAGUUCGAAGAUCAAAAAACCCGGCUGAGUAAUUUCGAUGGCAGGGUUUUCCAGGUCAUGAUCAUUGGGUAUGAGAGGCUGCGUACGGUGGCUGAUGACUUGAACAAGGGUCAUCCCAUUGACAUCGUUAUAUGUGACGAAGGUCAUCGACUGAAGACAAUGAAGAACAAAAGCGCUCAGGCAAUAGAGUCAUUGAAUACGAAAAAGCGAAUAAUUCUCUCAGGCACGCCAAUCCAGAAUGACAUGAGCGAAUUCUUUGCAAUGGUCAACUUCGUGAACAAUGGUUGUCUUGGUUCGCAGAAAGGCUUCAUCCGAGAUUUUGAGAAGCCCAUUAUGAAGAGCAGACAGCCUGACGCAAGCGAAGAAGAUAUUGAGCGUGGAGAGAUGGCGAGCGACGAGUUGAACCGCGCUACCUCUUCCUUCAUCCUCCGCAGGACAGCUGACAUCCUUGCCGAUUUCCUGCCCCCAAAGACCGAAUAUGUGCUUUUCUGCAAGCCAACACAAGCUCAAGCAAAGAUAUAUCGCCAUGUGCUACAGUCGCCGAUGUUUCAUACUGCUCUCCGCAGCAAUGAAACUGCGUUUCAGCUCAUCACUAUCCUUAAAAAAUUAUGCAAUAGCCCUGCACUCAUGGACCCAAAGUGCGGAAUUGACGAUUCGACGCGCUCGUCUUCGCUCACAGCGUUGAACGAAAUGCUUCCCGGUGGCCUUUCGAAGCUGUACCAGAAUCAUCUCUCCUGCAAGAUCAGACUCCUCGACCAGCUUUUGCAGCAGAUAAGGCACACGACAGAUGAAAAGGUGGUUGUGAUUUCGAACUACACCUCCACACUCAACCUCAUUGAGCAAUUGCUUAAGAACUCCGACUUGUCUUUCCUCCGUCUGGAUGGUUCAGUGGCUGCCACCAAACGACAAGGUCUCGUGGAUCGAUUUAACAACUCCAAAAGUUCACAGGUUUUUGCGUUCUUGUUGAGUGCUAAGGCAGGUGGCAUGGGUAUCAAUUUACCUGGGGCCAGUCGACUCGUACUUUUCGACGUAGACUGGAAUCCCGCCAUAGAUGAGCAAGCCGUUGCGCGAAUACAUCGACAGGGUCAGCAACGUCCUUGUAAGAUCUACCGGUUCCUCAUUAAAGGAGGUCUGGAAGAGAGGAUCUGGCAACGGCAAGUUGUCAAGAAGGCGUUGGCUGACAGCAUUAUGCAAGGGGGCUCAGCUUCGUCCAGCACCAACCUCGAAGGCAAACAAAAAGGGAAAGGCCAAACGGCCAUGUUCAGCCAAGAAGAAUUAAAAGACCUCUUCCGCUUAGACGAGGGCGAAGGACUUCGCACCCAUGACUUGAUUGGUUGCGGUUGCAAGGGCGAAGGGACCAAAGACCCCCCCGGAACCAUGUCUGCUGAAGUCCUCGAAUCGAAUGAUGAGAUAAAGAACGAUGGCGACGAAGAGCUACGCGAGAUGUCAGAACUUCUAAAGAGGCCAAAUGUGCCGUCAGAUCGGACCGGGCGCACUCCUAUCGCUUCCGAAACCGAACUCGAAGCUGAAAGGGACGAGUUGCUGAAGUACACUCACGUUGACACUUCGAUCUUUUCUCGCUCAGAUGCCGACGGUGACUUGUUGGAACGCAUAUUGACGGUGGUUGAUGAUGACUGCCUAGAGCACGUUCUUCGUCUCGACCAGGACAUGACUGGCGGAGGAAGCAUAUCGUACAUUUUCACGCAGACCACGGGCGGCGGACAAGCUUUAUGA